AUGUCUUUGCUGAUGGUAAACGACAGGCUGACACUUGGAGAUAAGUUCAAGGGGACGGUGAGGUAUAUUGGAAGGAUAAAAUCGAAGGACGGGAAGUGGAUAGGGCUGGAGCUCGAUGAGCCUGUGGGGGCUAAUAAUGGAAGUGUGAAUGGAGUAAGGUAUUUCCACUGCAAGGACAAACAUGGAAUAUUUAUACGGUACGAGAAGAUAAGAGAGGGCCUUGUGUGUGAGCCUAGGGAGAUGGGUGACGGCGGCAAGGCCUCUCAGCAGGCUCAUCUCUAUGAAAUGAAGAUAAAAAAGCUAGAAGAAACAAUUGAAGCCCUAAGGAGUGCUGAGAAAGGGGAGAUAGUUGAGCUUAGGAGGGAAAAUGAAGAGAUAAAGAGGAUUGUUCUUUUGCUCCAGGAAAAGAUAAAUUCUAAAAGGGCUGAUAGAGACGGAAAGGCCUAUUCUGAACUGAAGGAGCUUGCAGAAGGAAGCAGAAGACAUAUAUCUGACAUAAUAGGGCUUGUUUCUGAGAUGAGCGAGGCUUUGAGCCGAAGCGGGCUGGCGAGAAAAAAGGCCAUUCAGGAAUGCGAGAGACAUAGAGUUAUGUUCUUAGUAAACAGAAUAAUAGACGGUGUUCUGGACGACGACGCAGAGGCUGUUGAGCGCUUCAAGGGGGAGUUUGAGAGUAUAAUGAAGAAGCAUGGGAUAAAUGUUGAAUAG